AUGGCGUCUGGCGGUGCGGAAAACACCACGGAGGAAAGAACUGAGCCAGCGACGCCGGCACAACCCCUCACCAAUGUUGUGAGCGAAACAGCGCACAGGAUACUAGCAAUGAACAAGGACUCUGAUCUGUCCGGUGUACCACCAAAGAAGUCACGUGUCGAAGUACAAUCAUUGCCAACGAGGCAGUACUUGGAUCAGACUGUAGUCCCAAUUCUAUUACAAGCCCUGUCCAGUCUAGCCAAGGAACGACCUGCCGACCCCAUUAGCUAUCUAGCCGGAUACUUAUUAAGGAACAAAAGCCAAUACGACAAUGGUGAAUCUCCACCAACUAGUCAAUGAACUGCCUACGCACUUAUAACUAUGUGAUGAAAACUGAAGAAUCGUUCAUAAACAUUUAUUGAAAUUUCUUAGGAAUAUAUUCAAGUCG